UGUUAUCUCCUCGCUCAAAUACUUCCUUACACUUGUAAAAUCUCCAUAGGUUGGUCUCUCAUAUAUUUGUAGCUUCUCUCUUGCCCUUCUUUAUUCUAUCACAAAACAAACCAAUUUAAAAGAAAAUUCAAUAACUCUGAAUCCCUGGUCCAACUUAAUCGAUUAUACUCAUUACCCAAAAUCGGUGCCAUAACACGCACCAUGGGGACCGAGAGCACGACAAAUUACUCUUAUUUGGGGCGCAGCAUAAGCCAUCUCACCAUCAACGAGGAGUCCUCUUCCUCCGCCUUUAGCGAUUGCAACAGCGAUAGAUCCGGUGAAUUCUCCGCUGCCUCUUCUCAGACUCGCCGCCUCCUACUUGCGUGUGCCACCGACAACUCUGACGAAUUAAUCCGACAGCUCGUGUCUGAUCUGGGCUCUAAUUCCGUCAAUGAGCAAAAACAAGCAGCCAUGGAGAUCCGCCUCCUUGCGAAGAAUAAGCCGGAGAAUCGAAUUAGAAUUGCCGAAGCUGGAGCGAUCAAACCGUUAAUUUCGCUUAUUUCGUCGCAAGACCUUCAACUUCAGGAGUACGGCGUCACAGCUAUUCUCAACUUAUCCCUAUGUGACGAGAAUAAAGACGCCAUAGCUUCUGCCGGCGCGAUUCGAUCUCUGGUUCGGGUGCUGAGUUCAGGAAAUUCAACAGCGAAGGAGAACGCGGCGUGCGCGCUUCUCCGACUGUCGCAGGUGGAUGCUUAUAAGCCGGCAAUAGGAAGGGCGGGCGCGAUUCCGCCGCUUGUAAAGCUUUUGGAAACCGGGAGUGGCCGCGGAAAGAAGGACGCGUCAACUGCUCUGUAUUCGCUCUGUUCUACUAAAGAUAACAAGGUAAGGGCAGUGAAGGCAGGGAUAAUGAGGGUGCUGGUGGAGUUGAUGGCAGACUUGGAGGGAGACAUGGUAGACAAAUCAGCUUACGUGGCGAGCGUAGUGGUGACAGUAGCGGAGGGAAGGGCUGCGUUUGUGGCAGAAGGGGGGAUUCCAGUGCUGGUAGAGAUAGUGGAGGUUGGGACGCAGAGGCAAAAAGAAAUUGCUGUGGUUAUACUUUUGCAGAUUUGUGAAGAGAGUGCUGCUUACAGAAAGCUUGUGUUUGACGAAAGCGCCAUCCCUCCUUUGGUUGCUUUGUCCCAAUCUGGCACCAAUCGCGCCAAAGAAAAGGCAGAGAAACUGAUUGAGCUUCUAAGGCAACCAAGAUCCAACAAUGGCACUGCUCGUGCGUCAGAAGUGUCACUCUGAAGUGUGAACUAUAAACCCCAGCUCCCCCACCAUAUUCGUGCGUGUUUUAAUUGUAGCCACAAAGAGUUAAAUCAACGAAAAUGGUUAAGGGUGAUGGGCCUUACUUGUAAAUAUCUAUGUGACAAAGAAGAAGAACCUCUUGUAAAUUUUGUAAUACAAAAAUAAUACGAGCUUAAGUUUAAUUUUCC